AUGUGUCUUGAUAAGGAUAUGUUCAAUCCAACCAGUUUCUACUUCAAUCUGCAUAUGUACAUGCCGACAAAUGCAUCUUCUGACUGGUCAGUUGAAGACAAAACUACAUUUUUAAGAGUCGUUAAGGAAUAUGGACUGAGCAAUAUGUAUCAAAUAUGUAAAGCACUGCCAAACCAUUCCAAGGGAGACAUUGAGAUCUUUAUUAGAAAUCAGAUGAAAUUGAGAUCAAAAUACAAGCAAAUUGUUUCAAUUAUACAACGAAGUCAAAGACCAGCAAGAGUUUCUAAGAGGAAUAGAGAUAAAAGUUGCAUCGAUUUGUGGAUAGAUUUGUUAUUAAAAUAUCAUAUGGAUAUUCCAAGGUACUUCAACCCUAUAGCUUUCUCUAUGCAGCUUAUAAGUGACUUUGGUGUGCACAAUUCUGGUUCCGAAGAAGAUGUAGAUUUUAAAAAAAUAUAUUUAUAUAUAAGUCAAGCAUUGCAAGGUGUGAAUCCAUGUCAACUUAACAAAAAUACAGAUAUGUUUUUGCGGAAAAUUUUAGCAGACUUAGCUAAAGAACAUGAAGAUGAAAGUAAGUUUAUUGCAGAAAGAUCAUUUGUGAGUGAAAUUAAGACUAACAAAAUAUCACUCAAAAAAGUAAAAAUCUAUGAAACUCAUACUGAUUCAUUAUUAGCAAAUAUAAAAAACAUACAAGAAGAUAGAGAAUUGAAUCCGUUGGAUGUUCCACUAGAGAUGAUUACAGAUGAAACUUGAAAUGUUUCUAUUGAAACAUAACAGAAUGCCAGAACAAUUUGCAUGUUUUUAAAGCUUUAAAAA